CUGCCUUUACGCCGUUUGCGUAGCGUGCCCCAAGAUGGCGUCGCGGUCGUCGUUGGCGGCGGCCGGAGAGCUGGCGGCGGCGGCAGAGUUGGUGGAGCUGACGGGGGGGAUGAGGCGGGCGACAGGCGGCAGCGUCAGCAGCGUGUAGCGGAGGCUCCCGGCGUGUGACAGACUCGCCUGGGAGGCGGGUCCCCGCUGCCGGAGACCGGCGGGUCCCACUCCCCUCAGGGCCGCCCCCCCGCCGCCUUAUUCCCCACUGGGCCUCUUGGAGCCCAGGCCUUGCGCCCCAUCCGCGGUGUCCUCCGCUCCGCUGGGCCUAGAGCCGAGCCCCUUCCGCCUCCUCUCAGCGCCCCGGAGCCGAGCCCCCUCGCUGCCCCCCCUUCCCCAGAACGGAGGAUGAUGAAGCUCAAGUCCAACCAGACUCGCACCUACGACGGGGACGGGUACAAGAAGCGGGCGGCCUGCCUGUGCUUCCGCAACGAGAGCGAGGAGGAGGUGCUCUUGGUGAGCAGUAGUCGCCAUCCAGACAGAUGGAUUGUCCCAGGAGGUGGCAUGGAGCCCGAGGAGGAGCCCAACGUGGCUGCUGUGCGGGAAGUCUGUGAAGAGGUAUGUACCCAACAAGAACAGAACACCUGGAAUCACUCUAUGGCUGGAGUGAAAGGGACAUUAGGAAGAUUAGUAGGAAUUUUUGAGAAUCGGGACAGGAAACACAGAACAUAUGUUUAUGCACUUAUUGUCACAGACGUGUUGGAAGACUGGGAGGACUCUGUCAAUAUUGGAAGGAAAAGGGAAUGGUUUAAGAUAGAAGAUGCUAAAGAAGUUCUGAAGUCCCACAAACCAGUGCAGGCCUCAUACUUUGAAACCUUGAGACAAGGCUGUUUGGCAAACAACGGCACUCCUGUCAUGACCGCUUCAUACACUGACUCUAACGAGAGCUCUGUCUCUGACAUCAGAUGACUGAAGACGUCCCUAUAAAAGAGAGUUUUGGAAAAUAGACUGAAACAUGGAUUUCCCCCCUCCUCCCUCUCCCACCCCCUUUCACAUGCUUCCUCUGUCGAACAAGGCAUGGGCAGCGGCCUGUGGCAAAGCAAGUGUUAAGAGUGUUGCAGUUUAGUGCAAGGUGGGGUUUUUUGCUUUUUUUGGAUAUGUAUUUUGUAAAAUACAUUUUGUGCAUGAAGUGCCCCUUUCCCUUUACACCGCUACCCUGGCCUGGAGAGCGACGCUGCUCGUUUUGCCUCUGCCUUGUGUUCUGACGUGUUCCCAUAUGUGUCAUCCCAGCCAUAGCCAGACAUUUUUCUUUUUUUUUAAUUAAAGACUGCAAAUGUGAGAUCAAUUCUUUAAGUCUUAGUCUGUACUGUAAGGUGCUGUUCAGACCUGUGGUGGUCACUUUCAGCGCAUAUGUAUAAACAAUUUUUUUAGAUGGAGGAAUCUAACUUUUUAAUUUUGCGGGAAUUUUUUAAAACCUGGGCUACUUGUGAAAAGAGGGUUUCAUAAUUAAUCCGUUUGCCUUGUUUUUUUAAAUACAAAAAUUUUUGUGACCAUGCUAGUGGCUGGGCCAGUUUACUCCCCCCAUAAGCCCCUGAAACUUAGUGCAGUGACAUUUUAAGGUCAGAGCAAAGUUUUGAUCACCUUCAGACAUCCCUGGUGCUCAGUUCCUUCUCCUAUAGAUUCAGCCAACAUUUCUGCUUUUAUAUUAGAAUGAAACGCAAAGAAUUGGUCUUUACCGCCCAGCCAAAAGCAAACAGCCUCAGAAACACUAUGAUAGAAACUGAAUUUUGGCCUCAAUGGUAGGAAUCAGGGAUUCAAAGUGGGGUUAAAAUCUAACCAACUGGAGCUUCAAGCACCAAUGCUGCCCUGCUGUUUUGGAAUUCUUUCCCACUUGCUGCAUAUUGCUGAUGUCUCUUCUUGUCCACAUGCCUUACACUGUGCUCAAAUGGGUAUUGUAAUUUGUGCUAAAGCAUCGGAUUGUACUUCGAGUGUCAUUGCACAAACCUGUGGGGGAUGUCCCUGAAAAGAAGUCUUGGGAGGGGGGAAAUCAGGUGUUGAAUCUCUUGUAUGUGUCAUUGCAGCUCUUACAAUUGCACCACAGAGCAUACUCAGAAUGUUAAAACUAUCAUCCUCUGUGACAAAGGUACUGCUGGCUCCCAAGCAGAAAUGCUAGUGUGGAGAAGUACAUCAUUUAAUAGGAUAGUUGCCCUGAUGCAUUGGCACAAUUCAUGUUUUUUUUGUUUUUGUUUGUUUGUUUUUUACUGAUGUAAGUUUCAUGCUGUCUUGAUUUGCCAACAGUGUUGUCUAGUUGGGAAAUAAAAUGGAAAGGGUUGGGCUGGAGGGUGGGAGGGUAGGGGAAGGUUUGGGAGGGGCAUUAGUUAAUCCCUGGCUUGGGACAGGAGCUAGUUGCUGCAUUUGGUAACUUCUCCUUUGUCAGAGCAUAGCCAAGAUGUGAAAUUAAAUCUGCAGUACUCUUCCUUAUAUUUAACAGAAAUUAUUUUAAUAAAUACUCAUACUUUUCAAGAGCAUUCUUUCUUCCCAUUAAGCACUUACAAUAUAAAAUUCUGAUAGACCUAUCAAUGGAGCAGGGGUAAUGGGAAUUGGUAUUUUCACUACUUUGGCAAGAGGCUGUUCAAUUUGAGAUCCCAUUCUGUUCCUUUACUUGUUCUCCCUACUUUCAUCAGUAUGGGAUAGCAAGGCCAAAAGCAGUGCCAGUGAUCACCAACAUGAAAAGGCACACAAGAAAAGGCUGAGGGGCAUUAUUCAAGAAGUAGUUUGAAACUGAGCAUCUGGAAUUCAGCCUAAAUUACACCAGUUCUGUUCACUUCAACUUAGAAACAAAUGUACAGUCCCUUCCUAGUUUUUGUUGAUCAGCCUGAACAUAACUCUAAAAAGGGCUUGAAUAAUAUAUCCAGAAAUGGACAAGAAAGUAAAAGAAUCCUCUCUUUCUGAGCCGUUAGCGGCGCCUAACAACACAGCCAUCUACUGCCUUCAGUUGAGUUUUUGUCCUUCACUGUAUAGAUUAAUGCAUUACAAAUGCUUUGCAAAAAAGCAGCUGGUACUCCUGAAAGAGUAACUGCAGUUUUAAUAUCAAUAGCAUGCACAUUUUUGUUUCCUUAAAUCUAAAAAUGUUUUUAUAGGGCUGUUAAACUGACACUUUAGGGUAGAAUAUUGUUAAUAACUUGCUAGUGGCUUCUUUGUUUGGGUCAGAAAAAUAAAUUGUGCCAAGAAAGUA